AUGCCGGAGGAGGAAGACGAAGACGACGACGGGUAUAGGUCUGCAAACCCUUUUGCGGAGCACCGAACGCAAGGCCGUCGACCCCCUGCGCAAGCUCAUGCUAAUCGGUGGGAGAGCGGGUUCAAACUUGAGAUUCCAAAAUUCCACGGGGGUCUUGAACCCGAAGAAUUUCUGGAUUGGGUGGCGGUAAUUGAAGAAAUUCUCGACUUCAAGGAGGUACUGGAAGAUUGGCGAGUUUCUUUGGUCGCAACCAAAUUUCGGGGUAGGGUUCCGGCAUGGUGGCAGCAAUUAAAGCAAGCUAGAGCACGUUCGAAAUCCGUAGAUGAAUACACGGAGGAGUUCUACAAAUUAUUGACACGAGUUGAUUUGUCUAAGACGGAGGAGCAAUUAGUGUCCCGGUAUAUUGGGGGGUUGAGGCCACAAAUUCAAGACACAUUAAACUUCUUUGACCCCGCCAAGGUUUCGAAGGCUCAACAAUGGGCGUUGUUAAUUGAGAAGGCAUCGGCACGUGGGUCAUUCAACUCAUUGGGACGUAGUGGCGGUGGAAGCUACAACCAGUCAAGAGUUCCGUUCACAACUCGGGAGACCCUUUCCCAAGUGACCGGCCCAAGUAAAAACCCCAUACCCAUGGGGCAGCCAAGCCGAAUCGGGGCUACAACCGGGCCCAAGUGUUUUCGUUGCGCAGAGAUGGGCCAUCGGAUGGCGGAUUGUCGCAAGGGUGAGAAGUAUGGAAAGGCCCUACUCAUUGAUUCGGGAGGCGAUGGAAAAGACCAAGCAGCAAACUUCGACGAUUUCGAUGGGGCCGACGAAGAAUUUGCCACAAGAGAUGACAUUCCUUUAUUGAUGGGGUGCAAACUUGUUAUUGAUGGGGGCAGCUGUGAGAACGUCGUGGCUGAGGAAGCGGUUCAAAAAUUGGGCCUUGCAACGGAGAAGCACCCUACACCAUAUCGCUUGGAGUGGCUCAAGAAAGAAGACGAGGUAAUUGUGUCUAAACGUUGCCUUGUGAGUUUUUCAAUUGGAAAACGAUAUAAGGAUAAGGUGUGGUGUGAUGCGGUGGCGAUGGAUGCGUGCCAUAUAUUACUCGGGAGACCAUGGCAAUAUGAUAGGAAUGCACAUCAUGAUGGAAGGAAGAACACAUACAGCUUCUUGGUUGACAAUGUGAAGCUUACUCUCCUACCCGAUCCGGGUGAAAGUCCCAAACCUUCAACCGAAACGGAUCGAACAUUGUUGGCCAGACAUGAGUUCGUUAAGGAGAUGAUAGAAGCGGAUUGUAGGUACUUGCUAGUGGGUAAAGAAGGCAAGAAGAUAGAAGAGGUGCCGGAAGAAGCCCAGGGGUUAGUCGAAGAAUUUGCAGAUGUAUUUCCGGUUGAGUUACCCGAUGAACUACCUCCUCUUCGUGACAUACAACACCAAAUUGAUUUGGUGCCGGGAUCGAGCCUACCCAAUCGACCACAAUACCGCAUGAGCCCCAAAGAGCAUGAAGAGUUGAGGCGACAAGUAGAGGGGUUAUUAGCCAAAGGACAUAUUUGA